CAUUACACCUAAUCUGGUUAUAUGAUAUCCAACUGCCAUGCAUACACAGCAAACAAAGAAAAGAGCAGAAAAGUAAAAAGAGAUACAGAGACCAAAAGACACAAGAUGGGCUUCAAUUCAUUCCUAAAAAGCCCAAAGAAGGAAGAACAACAAGUUCCAGAUACUAUUCUCACCAAAUUCUCUCACUCCGAAGAUGGUGAAGAGGUUGAUAUCAUGGAUGAUUUGGAGAGAAUUUUGGGCAUAGAAGAUGAAAAAAUAUUAAGGAACACCACCAUGUAUGGUGGUCAACUUAACUGGGACCUUAUGGAUUGGGAAGAAUUUCCAAUUAAUGGAGAAGAUCAAGAGGAGGAGGAAGAAGGAGAAGAGCGUAAAGUGGUGUUCGAGAGCGAAACCAAGUGCUUUUUCGAAGAACAAAGCUACUGUACAAAGGUUGUUAAGAGAGAGAAUGUUGGUUUCUGGGAUGAUGAUGAAGAAAAAAGGGUGUCACUGAAUUUGAAUUUGAACUAUCAAGAGGUUUUGGAUGCUUGGUCGGAUCGUGGAUCUCUCUGGGCUGACGAUGGUUCUCUUUCCAUGCCACCCAAUAAUGCCUAUUAUAUGGGAGAGGUGCCAGUGAUGGAAGAAGAGAAGACAAGAAGGGAAGCAAGUGUUCUAAGGUACAAAGAGAAGCGUCAGACUAGGCUCUUCUCCAAGAAGAUAAGGUACCAAGUCCGUAAGCUAAAUGCAGAUAAAAGACCUAGACUCAAGGGUCGAUUUGUGAAAAGGGCUUCGUGAGGAAGAUAUAUACUUUCAAAAUCAUCUAAGCAGAAAUAUCUUCAAAAAUAUCUUUCUCUCUUUGACUUUUUCUAUUUAUUUUUUCCUACUUGCAUGUGCUCUAUUUGUCUCCAUGGAAUUAUCUCUAAGAGAAAAAGAACUCCAAAGAGAUAUACGAUAUAUAGAAUGAAAAUAUCUCUUUGUUUCAUGAGAGUUAUUCAUAUACUUUUCUGAGCCAGCAUUUUUUUAAUGAAAAUUAAAUGUGACUGAUUGACUAAAGUUCCAUCUUUCGCAUAAUUAGUCGGUCUUGACCUAAGAAUUCCUUUAUAUUUACCCUUAGUGGCUGGGGAUGGAUCACAUCAGAGGGCUUAGAAUUCAUCACCGACUAACGGUCAACACGAUUAAUUCCAUGGGUUGCUAUUCAAUCAUGCAAGGAGUACCAGAGGGUCCUAUGUAUGUGCUCAGUGGUCCUUAUAUAUGCAUAUCAUCAGCAUUUAUUUUUUCAUUUAUGGGCCGCUUUUAUGUACAGUAUCAUUUUCUGUGUAUAUGCUGAUACUGAUCUAAUGGAAAGUAUGUAUGUGGUGAUCUAAUUUUAGUAUGCCAA